AUGCUCAAGUCGCGGCUCCGCAUGUUCCUGAACGAGCUGAAGCUGCUGGUGCUGGCGGGCGGGGGGCGGCCCCGCGCCGAGCCGCAGCCCCGGGGGGGCGGGGGCGGCUGCGGCUGGGCGCCCUUCGCCGGCUGCGCGGCCCGGGACGGCGGCGCCGGCGACGAGGAGGAGUACUACGGGCCCGGGCCGCGCGCGCGGGGCCUGGCGGGCGACAAGGAGCCGCGGGCCGGGCCCCCGCCGCCGCCCGCGCCGCCGCCGCCCCCGGGCGCGCUGGACGCCCUGUCGCUCAGCAGCAGCCUGGACAGCGGCCUGCGGACCCCCCAGUGCCGGAUCUGCUUCCAGGGCCCCGAGCAGGGGGAGCUCCUGAGCCCCUGCCGCUGUGACGGCUCCGUGCGCUGCACGCACCAGCCCUGCCUCAUCCGCUGGAUUAGCGAGAGGGGCUCCUGGAGCUGUGAGCUCUGCUACUUCAAGUAUCAGGUCCUGGCCAUCAGCACCAAGAACCCACUGCAGUGGCAAGCCAUCUCCCUGACAGUCAUUGAGAAGGUCCAGAUUGCCGCCAUAGUCCUGGGCUCUCUCUUCCUCGUCGCCAGCAUCUCCUGGCUCAUCUGGUCCUCACUCAGCCCUUCAGCCAAGUGGCAACGACAGGAUCUGCUGUUUCAGAUCUGCUACGGCAUGUAUGGCUUCAUGGAUGUCGUCUGCAUAGGACUCAUUGUCCACGAAGGCUCCUCUGUCUACCGCAUCUUCAAACGCUGGCAGGCAGUGAACCAGCAGUGGAAGGUCCUGAACUAUGACAAGACCAAGGACGUAGGAGGAGAUGCAGGGGGAGGGACGGCAGGGAAGCCGGGCCCCAGGACCUCACGGACAAGCCCUCCCUCUGGGGCCAACAGCCGCCCCCCGGCUGCCCAGCGCAUGCGGACGCUCUUGCCUCAGCGCUGUGGUUACACAAUCCUGCACCUCCUUGGACAGCUUCGGCCACCGGACGCGCGUUCCAGCUCCCAUUCCGGCCGAGAGGUUGUCAUGAGGGUCACCACAGUCUGA